AUAUACAGCAUGUAGAUAGGGCUAUAAUAACCGAGGUGAACGCCUCUUAACUUUAUCGCCCCAAGUGAAAUAAUAUAUACCUACGGUAGUCAUUAGCAACAUGGCAACUAUUGAAGGUAUCAGUGGUAACCAGUACGUCCCUGGGACGAAAGUCUACAAUGACGUCAAAUACCAAUAUGCUACGUCAACUUACGGUGAAGAGCGUGAUCUCAACCCAGGAUUGAUCGUACAGCCCAAGACGAAGGAUGAUAUAGUUCUAGCACUGAGAUACGCAAAGGAGAAGGGGGUUGCAGUAGCUAUCAAGACAGGUGGCCACCAAUAUAGCGGAGCCAGCUCUACAAGCGCUCCGAAUAUCCAGCUCGACCUCGAAAACUCGUUUAGGGGAGCUGACGAUCGAACUAUCUUUGAAAAGGAUGGGAAAGCGUACGCCCGGACAAGCGUUAGCUGGAGCCUUGGAGAGUUUAAUGCUUGGCUUACUGAGAACAAGAAGUUCGUCCCACACGGUCAAUGUACUGAGGUUCAUGUUGGCGGGCAUGUCCAAACCGGAGGUUAUGGCCAAUUGGCGCGUAGCUUUGGCUUAUUCGGAGACCACGUCCUAUCUCUCGAAAUCGUAGAUACCGACGGCAAUUUCAAAGAGGUCACUAAAGCUACAGACCCUGAUCUCUUUUGGGCAUUUCUAGGGGGAAGCCCCGGUAACCUCGGCGUCAUAACCCAUUUCACUAUCAAAGUCCAUCGCGAUCAAGAUUACAAUGGAUCUAGAGGCAUGAAGGCAAUGUACUUCUACGAUACGAAGACACUGAAACGUCUAAUUGACAUCUUGGUCGAGAUGUCAGACAACGAUAACUUCCCUCGCAACUAUGACUUCUGCAUCAGCGUGCUCAGCUCUGCAUUCCCGCUUCUCGAUAUAUGUCCCGGCAUAGACGAAUGGAUGGCGCGGGCACACCCGGAGCUGUAUGGCAAAAACGGUCUCAUCGCCUGGCCGCGAACUAUAGUCGUGUAUGCGCAAUGGGUGCCGUUUGAGAGCGGCGACCAGUGCGAUAUGUCGUGGUUUAACCGAAUCAAAGAGGGCUCUGACUGGAUCUUGGGAGACAGCGAUGUCCAGGAGAAGCCCAUGUCGCAGCUGACGGGCGACUGGAUCUUCCGCAACGUGAGAGAGUUCGAGCACCCCUACGAAAAGAGAACCUAUAUGACGCGCUCGCGCACAUUGGCUAAAGAUGGCUGGGCUGACUGGGUUGUUGGUCGUAUCGACGAUAUCGUUCGUCCCGAACACAAUAAGUGCUGGCUAUCGGCGCAAUUGCAAUGCUUCGGCGGCAAGAACUCGAUGUUCACACGAAAUGCGGAUAAUGGAACGGCAUUUAGUUGGAGAGAUACGAGCAUCGGGUGUACGAUGGACGCCUUCUAUGCCGAGGAGUCCAAGGCACGGGCCGAGGACUGGCAAAAGGUCAAUGACAAGGAGGCGAUUGGACCCAACGGCGUCUUUUCGAAGGAGGAUCGCCGCGUUUUGUGGGGAUCUUACGGUGAAUGGAAUCUCGAUGCUGUUUGGAACACUUAUUUUGAGAAUAGGGCGAAGUAUGAGAAGUUGCAGCAGAUUAGGAAGAGGGCUGAUCCAGAUGGCAUCUUCACGCCGAAUCCCUUUUGCGUCAAGCGGGCAGACUGAUAGGGAUGUUGGUGUUACAGAUAGGUAGGUACUUAUCUAAGUACCUAGGGUGUGUCUCAUAAUAUUAAUAUCUAUAUCUUCUCCUAUUCGUACGUUCAUCAAGCCGCAUCAAGCCUCCUUGCAGAAGUCCGAAAGCCCGGUAUGCAGCAUCCCAGCACACCGCGCAUUUUACGCGGAACUGAUUCCCUGUCGGGAUAAAUGCAGGUGGAUCUAGAUCGAGAUCAUAGUCAGAUGCAUCUCUCGGUUGACCUUCCGAUCACCUAGCGUUGCCAUGAUA